AUGCCACAACGCAAAAGAACAUUGGACAAGAAUGGAGAAGCUGAGCAAAUUGAUGUGAAGAAAAGAGGAACCGAGGUAGUUGAGAAACAUGAGGAUUAUGUUCCCAGAAGACUUGCUCUUGACGAGCCUGCACCAUUUAGUGAUGAACCUCAGGCUAUAAUGGAGCGUGAGCAUGUGGAUUACUCGAAGAAAAUCACUUUGGAGAUGGCAAAAGCGGGAACUGCUGGACGUCCAGUUCGCAUCUACGCCGACGGAAUUUAUGAUUUGUUCCAUCACGGACAUGCCAAUCAGCUGAGACAAGCAAAGAAAAUGUUCCCAAAUGUCUAUCUUAUCGUAGGAGUUUGCGGAGAUAAAGAUACUCACAAAUACAAGGGGCGCACUGUAACUUCGGAAGAGGAACGAUUUGACGGAGUCCGACAUUGCCGAUAUGUCGAUGAGGUGUAUCGUCAUGCACCAUGGUUCUGCACGGUGGAAUUCUUGAAAAAUUUGAAAGUUGACUUCAUUGCUCAUGACGCUAUCCCGUAUGUUGGAAUUGGAGAGGAAGAUUUGUAUGAAAAGUUUCGUCGAGAAGGAAUGUUUGUGGAGACUGAACGAACUGAAGGAGUUUCCACGAGUGACGUUGUUUGCAGAAUUAUUCGUGAUUACGACAAAUAUGUUCGAAGAAAUUUACAACGUGGAUAUUCCGCAAAAGAAUUGAAUGUUGGCUUUUUGGCGGCUAGUAAGUACCAAAUCCAGAAUAAGGUUGAUUCAUUGAAAGAAAAAGGAAUUGAGUUGCUAAACACUUGGAAGAGCAAAUCUGAUGAUUUGAUCAGGGAUUUCAUCGACACUUUUCACAAGGAUGGAGGAUUGAAUGCAUUUGGUGGUCGUCUUCGUGGCAUCAUGUCAAUGUCCCGCUCUCCAUCACCUUCUCCGGAAGACAACAGUGAUGGAAAUCAAGAGCUUGAACUCCAAGAUGACGACGACGUCAAUGAAGUUAAAAAGACGCGUCGCCACUGA